CGGCUGUCAGUCGGCAGCGCGGCCGGCCGCACUUCCGCCUCGGUGUCAGUGGGUCGCGGGCCUGCGGGGCGGGGGCGGGGCGGUCAGCGAGCCUCGGCCGGCGCCGGUGGGACCGCGGUCAGAUCUCCAGUGCCUGUUGGAUUUUUACCAGAAAGUUCCUAGAGUGAGGUUGCUUACGCUGCCGAUGUAGACGCGGUACAAUGAUUCAGUAGAGGCCGCGAUCAGGCGCGAGGGAGCCUGGCUGCUGAAGGAUGAACGGUGAGGAGGAGUUCUUUGAUGCCGUCACAGGCUUUGAUUCUGAUAACUCUUCUGGGGAAUUUUCAGAGGCAAAUCAGAGAGUCACUGGAGUGAUUCAUGUGGACACCAGCAAAAGUAAUGGCAUUGGAAAAGUUGGGGAGAGACCCCCUCAAGAGAAUGGACUUCAAAAGCACAGGACGUCAUUACCUGCCCCAAUGUUUACCAGAAGCGACUUCAGUGUGUGGAGCAUAUUAAAAAAAUGCAUUGGCUUGGAGCUGUCCAAGAUCACGAUGCCCAUUGCCUUCAACGAGCCUCUGAGUUUCCUGCAGCGGAUCACGGAGUACAUGGAGCAUGUGUACCUCAUUCACAAAGCCUCCCGCCAGCCCCAGCCCCUGGAGAGGAUGCAGUCCGUAGCUGCCUUUGCGGUUUCAGCUGUGGCUUCCCAGUGGGAGAGGACCGGCAAGCCAUUCAAUCCACUCUUGGGAGAGACGUACGAAUUGAUCAGGGAAGAUUUAGGAUUCAGAUUUAUAUCGGAGCAGGUCAGCCACCACCCCCCCAUUAGUGCGUUUUAUUCCGAAGGCCUCAGUCAGGACUUCCUGUUUCAUGGCUCCAUCUACCCGAAGCUGAAGUUCUGGGGGAAGAGCGUGGAGGCUGAGCCACGGGGCACCAUCACGCUGGAGCUUCUCAAACAUGACGAAGCUUACACCUGGACCAACCCUACCUGCUGCGUCCACAACGUGAUUAUUGGGAAGCUCUGGAUAGAGCAGUACGGAACGGUGGAAAUUUUAAACCACAGAACUGGAGAUAAGUGUGUGCUUCACUUCAGACCAUGUGGAUUGUUUGGAAAAGAACUUCACAAAGUGGAAGGGCACAUUCAAGACAGAAGCAAAAAGAAGCUCUUUAUGAUCUACGGCAAAUGGACGGAGUGUCUGUGGGGCAUAGACCCUGUUGCGUAUGAGUCCUUCAAGAAGCAGGAGAGGAGAGGUGACCACCUGAGAAAGGGGAGGCCCAUGGACAACGGCUCUGAGAAGGCUGAUGGCGACGUGGUGGAUGCCGUGCCUGAGGUUCAGGAGACGGUGCAGGUCAUUCCAGGCAGCAAACUGCUCUGGAGGGUCAACACCCGGCCCCCCAACUCUGCCCAGAUGUAUAAUUUCACCAGUUUUACGGUUAGUCUCAAUGAGCUGGAGACGGGCAUGGAGAAGAUCCUGGCUCCCACGGACUGCCGCCUGCGCCCGGACAUCCGAGGCAUGGAGAACGGCAACAUGGACCUGGCGAGCCAGGAGAAGGAGCGGCUGGAGGAGAAGCAGAGGGAAGCCCGGAGGGAGCGAGCCAAAGAGGAGGCGGAGUGGCAGACGAGGAUGACGACUUCGGGCGCUCUGUUUCCAAGCCUCGUCCCAGGCUCCCGUGGGUCCUCCAACAAGUAUUUGGUGGAGUUUCGGGCGGGAAAAAUGUCAUUAAAAGGAACUACCGUCACCCCAGAUAAGCGGAAAGGGCUCGUGUACAUUCAGCAGACGGAUGACUCCCUCAUCCACUUCUGCUGGAAAGACAGGACAUCUGGGAACGUGGAAGACGACCUGAUUAUCUUCCCCGACGACUGUGAGUUCAAGCGUGUGCCGCAGUGCCCCAGCGGGAGGGUCUACGUGCUCAAGUUUAAGGCGGGCUCCAAACGGCUCUUCUUUUGGAUGCAGGAGCCCAAGACGGAUCAGGAUGAGGAGCAUUGCCGGAAAGUCAACGAGUAUCUGAACAACCCCCCGAUGCCCGGAGCGCUGGGGGCGAGUGGGAGUGGAGGCCACGAGCUCUCUGCACUGGGCGGUGAGGGCGGCCUGCAGAGCCUGCUGGGGAACAUGAGCCACAGCCAGCUCAUGCAGCUCAUCGGACCCGCCGGCCUCGGAGGACUGGGUGGGCUGGGGGCCCUGACUGGGCCAGGCCUGGCCAGCUUGCUGGGGAGCGGAGGGCCUCCGGCGAGCAGCUCUUCAUCCAGCUCCCGGAGCCAGUCAGCAGCGGUCACCCCAUCCUCCACCGCCUCUUCCGCUCGCGCCACCCCAGCCCCUUCUGCUCCAGCAGCUGCCUCGGUGACCAGCCCAAGUCCCGCGCCCAGUUCAGGUAAUGGAACCAGCACCGCAGCCAGCCCAACCCAGCCCAUCCAGCUGAGCGACCUCCAGAGCAUUCUAGCCACUAUGAACGUGCCGGCCGGGCCAGGAGGUGGCCAGCAAGUUGACCUGGCCAGUGUGCUGACACCUGAGAUCAUGGCACCUAUCCUCGCCAACGCGGACGUCCAGGAGCGCCUGCUGCCCUACCUGCCCUCUGGGGAGUCGCUGCCGCAGACCGCAGAGGAGAUCCAGAACACGCUGACCUCGCCCCAGUUCCAGCAGGCUCUGGGCAUGUUCAGUGCAGCCUUGGCCUCAGGGCAGCUGGGUCCCCUCAUGUGCCAGUUUGGCCUCCCUGCGGAGGCUGUGGAGGCAGCCAACAAGGGUGAUGUGGAAGCAUUUGCCAAAGCUAUGCAGAACAGUGCCAGAUCCGAGCAGAAGGAGGGCGACGGGGAGGACAAGAAGGACGAAGAGGAAGACAUGAGCUUAGACUAAAUUAUUUGCUGUCUUUUAAGGGGUCGGGGCUCUUGGCUGUGCGAUUUCAGUAGUGGCGUUUGUGAUCUGUCACGCACCCUCACACCUCUGUUCCAACUUGCUGAGAAAUAAAAGGCUUUUCUUCUAUA